AUGCAUUCGUUUACCGUGAAGAGAAUUCCAUCAAGGCGAUUUUCAAGAUCUCAGCUCAUCGUUUAUCACAGACUUAGGUUUCAGUUAUCAAGAAGAUAUCAAUCUACUGAACCAAUUACCUUCAAAGAAACUCCAAGAAUAAAUCCUGUUGGUAUUCAACACCUAAGUAAGUCCCUCCAUGCUCAAUUAUUCGGUAACAAAAAGCAUAGUCUCAAAGAAGAAUCGAUGACUACUGAAGAACGUGCAAACUUAAUCAACCUUUCUAAACAAUUAUUAAAAAACCAUGGACUUCUUGGCAAGAAAACUUCCAUUUCAGAACCUAUCUCUUUUGAACUCCCGAAAUUACAAGGCAAUUCGUUAGAUGAACAUUUCCAAAAACUAGGUCAUUUUGCAUCAGAACCAUAUAAGACGAUGGCUCUUAAUAAAUUCACAACUAUAAUACCGAAACCUUUACAAUGGGUUAGAACUCCAGGUUGGACAAGAUAUGAACCUAAUAAAAAGCCAGAACAAGUACCGUAUCCUAAAGAGACAACUAUAGUGUUUGAUGUAGAAACUAUGUACAAACUCUCACCAUAUCCUACCUUAGCUACAGCAGUCUCCGAUAAGGCAUGGUAUUCUUGGUGCUCACCAUAUAUCUGUGAUGCAGAUACCACCAAUGAUUCUGAUGAAAUCAAACAUUUAGUACCGUUAGGUGACAAUACAACAACCCCAAGAUUAAUAAUAGGUCAUAAUGUGGGUUACGAUAGAGCUCGUGUCCUUGAAGAAUACAAUUUCAAACCUUCCAAAACAUUUUUCUUGGAUACACAAUCAUUGCAUGUCGCAACCUCUGGGUUGUGUUCAAGACAAAGGCCAAUGUUUGUUCAAAUGAAAAAGAAGCGGAAAUUACUCGAAGAAGAAGAAGCUAAAGUUGAAGAAAGCAUGAGGACGACCACUGAAACUGAGGAUACGGAUGGGAUAACUGGAAUAAGUACCAGCUCCUUGAAUAACUUAGAAGAGGAGGAAGAUCCAUGGUUAAAUGUUUCUACUAUGAACUCAUUAAGUGAUGUUGCAUUAUUCCAUUGCGGAAUCAAAAUGGAUAAAGAACCUCGUGAUUAUUUCGCAUCAUUGGAUAAAACUAUUGUAGUAGAGAAUUUUCAAAAAUUAAUGACUUAUUGUAGUGAUGAUGUUGAUGCAACAAGCCGUGUAUUUGAUAAAGUGCUUCGAAUGUUCUUGAAGAAAUGUCCACAUCCUGUUUCAUUUGGAGCUCUCAGAGCUCUAAGUUCCUUCAUACUUCCUACUACUGAAACUGCUUGGAAUAACUAUAUUCAAAACGCUGAAGAAUUAUAUCAAAAUUCCAAAUUAAUGAUAGAAAAUAAAAUCAUAGAAUCAAUUGAAGAACUUGUCAAGCUGAAAGAUGAUUCUGAAAAAUUAUCACGAGUCGUACCCAAAGAUCCAUGGUUAAGACAAUUAGACUGGACCAUGAAACCUAUACGUAUGACGAAAAAAGGUGUACCAGUUAAAGGUCAAAAAUUACCGGGGUACCCUGAGUGGUACAGAAGUUUAUUUGCCAACAAAGAUUCGAAAACACCACAAAUAACUAUAAAAUCUAGAAGUAUACCAAUUUUCUUUAAACUAUCUUGGGAAGAUCAUCCUGUUGUAUGGACUAAAGAAUCUGGAUGGUGCUUCCCUGUCCAUAGAGAUGAAUUUGAAACAUUUAAAUCAAAAAAUUACAUAAUUGCUGAUGAGGAUUCCAUUGCUCAAUACAGACGUGAUACUAAUUCCAUUAAUGAGGAUGGUACAAGUGAUCAAAUAUUGUUAAAAGUUCCUCAUCCCAAUGGUCCAGCAUUUAAUUGCACUACAUUACUGAGUAAACCGUACAUCCAUUUUUUCGAAAAAGGCGUUCUCAAAUCUGAUUCUGAGUUAGCUCAUCAGGCAUUAAAUAUGAAUUCAUCUGGAUCUUAUUGGAUGGCAGCUAGAGAAAGAAUUAAGUCUCAAUUUGUUGUAUCUCGAAAGGAUUUCCCUGACCAAUUCCAAGAGCUCAGUUCUUCAUCAUCAGUUGAUGCUUUUAAUGAACAGGAUAAUCUCGCUAUAAUAUUACCAACAGUUAUUCCAAUGGGAACCGUUACUAGAAGAGCAGUUGAAAAUACCUGGUUAACAGCAUCGAACGCAAAGGGUAAUAGAAUUGGAUCUGAGUUGAAGACCUUAAUCAAAGCACCUAAAGGUUAUUGUUUUGUCGGAGCAGAUGUUGAUAGUGAGGAAUUGUGGAUUGCAUCACUAGUUGGUGAUUCUGUUUUUAACAUCCAUGGUGGGACAGCCAUUGGAUGGAUGUGUUUGGAAGGUACUAAAAAUGAAGGUACAGAUUUGCAUACGAAAACAGCACAAAUUUUAGGAUGUUCACGUAAUGAAGCUAAAAUAUUUAAUUAUGGGAGAAUAUAUGGUGCUGGAGUUAAAUUUGCAGGUCAAUUAUUGAAGAGAUUUAACCCUUCACUUGGUGAUGAAGAAGCUAAAGAAACAGCUAUUAAAUUAUACGAAAAUACCAAAGGUAAAACUAAAAGAUCAAAAAUAUUUAAAAAAUUUUGGUUUGGUGGUUCAGAAUCUAUUCUUUUCAAUAAAUUGGAAAGUAUUGCAGAACAAGACGAGGCCAAAACUCCUGUAUUAGGUUGUGGGAUAACAACGUCAUUGAUGAAAAGAAAUCUGAAAUCGAAUUCGUUCUUGCCAUCAAGGAUUAAUUGGGCAAUUCAAUCAUCAGGUGUUGACUAUCUCCAUUUAUUAUGUUGUUCUAUGACUUACUUAAUUGCGAAAUAUAACUUGAAUGCCCGAUUAACGAUUUCCAUUCAUGAUGAAAUUAGAUAUCUUGCUUCGGAGAAAGAUAAAUAUAAAGUGGCCAUGGCAUUACAAAUUAGUAAUAUUUGGACAAGAGCGAUCUUUUGUGAACAAAUGGGUAUUGAUGAUUUACCUCAAAAUUGUGCUUUCUUUUCGGCUGUUGAUAUUGAUCAUGUCAUGAGAAAGGAAGUGGAUAUGGAUUGCACAACCCCCUCGAAUAAAGUACCAAUUCCACAUGGUGAGAAUUUGGAUAUCAUUAAACUUCUUGCAAAACCUGAAUCAUUAUUGAUAGAUCCGGAUUCUUCGGUAGAUGUCUCUCAGUUCUCUUACAAAUAUAGAGAGCCAGUAUUUUCUGAAUAUAAUAGAGCAUAUAGCAAAGAUUUUUGGAAAUAUUUUUUAAAGAUGCAAGUUCAAGAUACGAAAUGGAAAGUAGACAGUUUGGAGAAUUCGUAUUUAAAAGAGGCUACAGCGGAGUCGUUCCAUAAAAAUGGUUACAAGACGGAAUAUGGAUUGUUAGACUAUUUGAGAGAUGUUAAAGGUAAGAAAAUACGAAAGAAAAAUAUUAUGGAAAAUUCUUUCUUAACUGAUUAUAGUGUUGAUGUACAACCAAUAAAAAUUGAACCAACAUGUUCGGGAGAGGAUUAUAACAUUUUACACAGUGUCGCCUUAAGUAAUGACACAGGCAAUAUGAAAUUAAAAAAUAUUCAAGUAAAAUGA